GGCUGUAUUUAGCAAGUUUCCGGAAGUUGCAGGACGGGUUAUGAGGCGGUCCUGCCUCGCUGCUUUCAGUCCGUGGUGUCUGGGUCCCCGCCCUCCAGCCGCCUUUGAGUCGUGCCUGGGUCCUCGCUCUUGCCUCAGAACCGCGAAGAAAGGAAGCUCGCGUGUUUGCUAGAAAACCUAGUUGGGAGUGCGAGGCAGAGAACGUUCGGCACCUUUGUUCCUUCCGAACCCUCGGGACAGAGGCAGGGCUCUGUGGGCAGGGAUUCCCCCUCGUCUUGGCCCCACAGCCCGGGCUGGGCAAUAAACUCGGGCCACGGCGGGGCGAGCGAGGCGGGCUCCGGAGGAAGCUGACGCCUGAUGAUGGCUCAGUCCAACAUGCUCCCCGUGGCUGAUGUGUUGAGUCAAGAUGAACUGCGCAAAAAGCUAUACCAGACGUUUAAGGAUCGGGGUAUACUGGAUACACUCAAGACACAACUUCGAAACCAGCUAAUUCAUGAGUUGAUGCACCCUGUAUUGAGUGGAGAACUGCAACCUCGGUCCAUUUCGGUAGAAGGGAGCUCCCUCUUAAUAGGCGCCUCUAACUCUUUAGUGGCAGAUCACUUACAAAGAUGUGGCUAUGAAUAUUCACUUUCUGUUUUCUUUCCAGAAAGUGGUUUGGCAAAAGAAAAGGUAUUUACUAUGCAGGAUCUAUUACAACUCAUUAAAAUCAACCCUACUUCCAGUCUCUACAAAUCACUGGUUUCAGGAUCUGAUAAAGAAAAUCAAAAAGGUUUUCUUAUGCAUUUUUUAAAAGAACUGGCAGAAUAUCAUCAAGCUAAAGAGAGUUGUAAUAUGGAAACUCAGACAAGUUCGACAUUUAACAGAGAUUCUCUGGCUGAGAAGCUUCAGCUUAUUGAUGAUCAGUUUGCAGAUGCUUACCCUCAGCGUAUCAAGUUCGAAUCUUUAGAAAUAAAGCUAAAUGAAUAUAAGAGAGAAAUAGAAGAGCAACUUCGGGCAGAAAUGUGUCAAAAGUUGAAGUUUUUUAAAGAUACCGAGGUAGCAAAAAUUAAAACGGAAGCAAAAAAAAAGUAUGAAAAGGAAUUAGCCAUGUUCCAGAAUGAUUUUGAGAAAGCUUGUCAAGCAAAAUCUGAAGCCCUCGUUCUUCGGGAAAAGAGUACCCUUGAAAGAAUUCAAAAGCACCAAGAGGUGAUUGAAACAAAAGAAAUUUAUGCUCAAAGGCAACUUUUACUAAAAGAUAUGGAUUUGCUAAGAGGAAGAGAAGCAGAGCUGAAGCAAAGAGUUGAAGCUUUUGAAUUGAACCAGAAGCUCCAGGAAGAAAAACAUAAAAGCAUAACUGAGGCACUUAGGAGACGGGAGCAGAAUAUAAAGAGUUUUGAGGAGACCUAUGACCGAAAGCUCAAGAAUGAACUUCUAAAGUAUCAACUUGAACUGAAGGAUGACUACAUCAUUAGAACUAAUCGACUGAUUGAAGAUGAAAGGAAGAAUAAAGAAAAAGCUGUUCAUUUGCAAGAGGAGCUCAUAGCUAUUAAUUCAAAAAAGGAGGAACUCAAUCAAUCUGUAAAUCGUGUGAAAGAACUUGAGCUUGAAUUAGAGUCUGUCAAAGCCCAGUCUUUGGCAAUAACAAAACAAAACCAUAUGCUGAAUGAAAAGGUUAAAGAGAUGAGUGAUUAUUCACUACUAAAAGAAGAGAAACUGGAGCUUCUGGCACAAAAUAAGUUACUUAAACAACAACUGGAAGAGAGUAGAAAUGAAAACUUGCAUCUCCUAAACCGCCUAGCUCAGCCGGCUCCUGAACUUGCAGUCUUUCAGAAAGAACUACAGAAAGCCGAAAAGGCUAUAGUGGUUGAGCAUGAGGAGUUCGAAAGCCGCAGGCAAGCUCUGCACAAACAACUGCAAGAUGAAAUUGAGCAUUCUGCACAGCUGAAGGCCCAGAUUCUAAGUUACAAAGCUUCUGUAAAGAGGUUAACUACUCAGGUUGCUGAUCUAAAAUUGCAACUGAAGCAAACUCAGACAGCCCUAGAGAAUGAAGUGUACUGCAAUCCAAAGCAGUCUGUGAUCGAUCGUUCUGUCAAUGGAUUAAUAAAUGGCAAUGUGGUGCCUUGCAAUGGUGAGAUAAGUGGGGAUUUCUUGAACAAUCCUUUUAAACAGGAAAACGUUCUAGCACGUAUGGUUGCAUCAAGGAUCACAAAUUAUCCAAAUGCAUGGGUGGAGGGUAGUUCCCCUGAUUCUGACCUUGAGUUUGUAGCCAAUACUAAGGCAAGGGUCAAAGAGCUUCAGCAAGAGGCCGAACGCUUGGAAAAGGCUUUCACAAGUUACCAUCGGAGAGUCAUUAAAAACUCUGCCAAAAGCCCACUAGCAGCAAAGAGCCCACCAUCUCUGCACUUGCUGGAAGCCUUCAAAAACAUUACUUCCAGUUCCCCGGAAAGACAUAUUUUUGGAGAGGACAGAGUUGUCUCUGAGCAGCCUCAAGUGGGCACACUUGAAGAAAGGAAUGACAUCUUAGAAGCACUGACAGGCAGUGCAGCCUCGAGGCUCCGCGGGGGCACUUCCUCCAGACGCCUCUCCUCCACACCCCUUCCAAAAGCAAAAAGAAGCCUCGAAAGUGAAAUGUAUCUGGAAGGUGUGGGCAGAUCACACGUUGCUUCCCCCAGUCCUUGUCCUGACAGAAUGCCCCUACCAUCACCCACUGAGUCUAGGCACAGCCUCUCCAUCCCUCCGGUCUCCAGCCCUCCGGAGCAGAAAGUGGGUCUUUAUCGAAGACAAACUGAACUUCAAGACAAAAGUGAAUUUUCAGAUGUGGACAAGCUGGCUUUUAAGGAUAACGAGGAAUUUGAAUCAUCUUUUGAAUCUGCAGGGAACGUGCCAAGGCAGUUGGAAAUGGGCGGGCUCUCUCCUGCCGGGGAUAUGCCUCAUGUGGACGCUGCUGCAGCUGCUGUGCCCCUCUCAUAUCAGCACCCAAGUGUGGAUCAGAAACAAAUUGAAGAACAAAAGGAAGAAGAAAAAAUACGGGAACAGCAAGUGAAUGAACGAAGGCAGAGAGAAGAAAGAAGGCAGAGUAACCUACAAGAAGUUUUAGAAAGGGAACGAAGAGAACUAGAAAAACUGUAUCAGGAAAGGAGGAUGAUUGAAGAAUCACUGAAGAUUGAAAUAGAAAAUGAAUUAGAAAUGGAAAAUGAAUUAGAAAUGAGUAAUCAAGAAAUAAAAGACAAAUCUGCUCACAGUGAAAAUCCUUUAGAGAAAUACAUGAAAAUCAUCCAGCAGGAGCAAGACCAGGAGUCGGCAGAUAAGAGCUCAAAAAAGAUGGUCCAAGAAGGCUCCCUAGUGGACACGCUGCAAUCUAGUGACAAAGUCGAAAGGUGACUAAGAGUGGGAUUAGUGACCUUAUAAAAGGGCUCAAUGGAACUAGCUAGGCCCUUUUGCCUUUCCACCGUUUGAAGACACUGCAUUGAUCCCCUCUGGAGAACACAGCAACAAGGCACCAUCUUGGAAGCAGAGACCGGGCCUUCACCAGACAUCGAACCUGCCAGUGCCUUCCUUGAUCUUGGACUUCCCAGCCUCUAAAACUGUAAGAAAUACGUUUCUGGUCUUUAUAAGUUACCCAGUCUAAGGUAUUUUGCUAUAGCAGCAGGAACAGACUGAGAUAGCAUCUUUAUUAUGGAACCUUUGGUCCUCAUACUUAAUGAAUGGGCUUCAAGUAUUUUGUUUUUAGACGAAUGGGCUCCUUCCCUAUAAUUGACUUCAUUUUCAUCUCUUAAAAAAUCAAGUUUUACGAGGCAGAACUGGAAAAAAAUCUCUACUCAACCCUCUAAAGGGUCCUAGGUUUUGUGGCAGGAUUACUGUGGAUAAUUAAGAGGCUGCUUGUGAUUUUAUCUAACCAUUAUUUACAGUUUUCCUCUGGUGACUCAUGUGACUUAAAUAAUUGCACAAAAUGCUACUUAAACAGAAGAUACUAAGUAGUGUGACAAAUAGCACACUAAUUGAGCUCCUGAUUGUUCUCCUGCCAUGCGUGAAUGAAGGGUGAUGAUCCAGAGUCAGCACCUCAUUUAGGAAUGGCCAUGUGUCAAUAGUGACAAAGGCUGGGCCUCACUAAGAAAGGUCAGACACAGAGAAUCCAAAUGCAUAAUCAUGUUGAGAGAUAAGAGUUUAAACAGAUUAUAAAAUAAAAUCCUGAGUAACAUAUUUCGCUCUGCUACUCUAGAGAGCCAACUGUUAGAACUAGGUUUUUUUGUAUUCCAGAGUAAAUCUUUCAAUAGACUUUUGUACCUUUGGUUUGAAAAAUAACUACACACGUGCCCUUAUUUUGUUUCUGCUUUGCCCAAGUUUAAGCCUUGUUGAUCCUAUAGGUAGAUGGCAUUUAUUUGUUGGAAAACUAAUCAGAAAAAUUCUUACUUUAUACAGAGAACUACAGAAGUGCUAGUGGCACUUUUAUGCCCAAUACAGCCCAGUGGAUUAUUUAAUAUUUUCUUUAAGAGAUUUUUGCCAGAAAUAAAACAAUUAGCACUCACAGAUUUGAUUUCCAUACCAAUGUGAAAUCUUGACUCUGCACAUUAUUCAAAAGUGACACCAUACUGAGAACAAAGAAAGAUAGGAUUUAUGUAUGGUAAAAAGGCAAAUGAAUGAAGCUAUAAUUUUAUUUCAUUACUCUUAGUACAUCCACAACUAUUUCCACCUAAAUAGCUCUUUAAAAUAAGCAUACACAAGUAUUGACUAUUAUCUACAAAUAUUUAUUGUAACACUUGAAUAGAACUACAGGAAGCCCUUGGCACUGAUAGAAAAUAUUGAUUCACUGUUAGGUUACAAAAAUUUAUACAUAGCAAAAUUUAAUGCUCUUUACAUAAAAAAUAUUAGACUACUUAAACAAAACUUUCAAAAAUUCCUGGUAAUAGCUACCAGAAUUAGAAAAGUAAAAUUAGGCUUUAGACACUGCCUCUUCUAGAACACUGGACUCUGACAGCACCUCCACUGCUGGAAAGAAUAGUUAAAUCUGUCAUGCAACAGGAAAACAAAACACUAAGCUAUUUUGGAACAACUGUUCUACACAGAAGAGAGCUUCUCUUAAUUUAAAAAAAAAAUCCCAAAUAGGCAUUUUUAGGCAUUAACCAAAAAAAAGAAUCCAAAUGAAAUAUUAUACUUGAUGUUCAAUUUUAAUAGCAUCUUGAUAAAGGUAUGCUUCCUUUCAUUUGAAUACAUUUCUGCACAUGUAUAUGUUAUAAAAUCCAGGAAACAGCCAAACCACAAGUUAACUCUUAACAAUGAAUAUACAUAGUUAACCCUAUAGUAAGCAGCCCCUUUGAAAAGCACUGAUGCACCCAACAGUUAUAUGGAUCAUUUCAUAAAGAACAACACAAAGUUUACCAUCACUAAUACCCAGUACCUACAGUCACUUAAUGUUCUGGAACACAAUAAUGUAAAAGGCAAGUUUCUUUUGAAAAUGGCUUAAACUCAAGCAGUUUUCUUGCUGAACAUCAAACUUUAUUAUUCCAGGAAACUAAGAUUUAGAUAAGAAAAAAUGAAAUACCAACCCUAAUUUAAAUUACUUAAGUAUUCAAGUCUAUAAAAGUAGGAGGUUAGAGGUCUGUGGUCAAUUUGCAAUUAGGUUUUAGAUAGUUGGUAUGAAACUGUAAACUUAGUAUCCAGACCACUGAAAAAUGGUUUAGAAUGGUGGUCAUUUUAAUAA